UGGGAUUGGCUGCUGUGCAAAGAGCGGGCUGACAGGGUAGAGCAGAGCACUGUGUGUUCGGAAGCAGCUCGCUCCCUCUCUCUCUCUUUUUUCCUCCCGCUGUAUAAAGAGAUGAGCUGAGGAAGAGGGAACAGAUGAGUGCGACACUGUCUCUGGUAGCGUUUAGCUCACACACACCUUCUACAACAGAGAUAAUCGUCAGACAGAAGGAACUGGCUAACGUCCCUCCUGCCUUUGGCUUUGCGGAUGUUUUAGUCUAAAUGGAUGAACAGAGCGAAGGGGAACAUGUGCUUAAGGGUCUAGAUGAGGAGGCAAUAGUUGACCAUGGAAAGACCAGCUUCACAACUCACACAAACUAUGAAAGAGAAGAAUUGGAAAGCCACAGAGCAGUAUACGUAGGCGUCCAUGUUCCUCUUGGAAGGGAAAGCAAGCGGAGGCAUCGCCACAGAGGACACAAACAUCACCGAAAGAAGAAAGAGAAAGACUCUGAGGAGGGGAAGGAAGAUGGCAGGGAAUCCCCCACUUAUGACACACCGUCCCAGAGGGUACAGUUCAUCUUGGGCACAGAGGAUGAUGACCUCGAGCACGUCCCCCAUGACCUCUUCACUGAGCUGGAUGAGCUCUCCUUCAGAGACGGCAGUGCCACAGAGUGGAAAGAGACUGCCAGGUGGCUGAAGUUUGAAGAGGAUGUGGAAGAUGGUGGGGAGAGGUGGAGUAAGCCAUAUGUGGCCACGUUGUCAUUGCACAGCUUAUUUGAACUGCGGAGCUGCAUACUUAAUGGCACAGUCAUGCUGGAUAUGAGGGCCAAUAGUAUCGAAGAAAUUGCAGACAUGGUGAUAGACAGCAUGGUGGCAUCAGGUCAGCUGAAGGAGGAUUUGCGUAACAAGGUGCGGGAAGCAAUGUUGAAGAAACACCAUCAUCAGAAUGAAAGAAAGCUCAGCAAUCGCAUCCCGCUGGUGCGCUCCAUUGCUGACAUAGGCAAGAAACAUUCUGACCCACUCUUGCUUGAAAGAAACGGAGAGGGUCUCUCCUCUUCACGUCUCUCUCUCCACAAGCCAGGGGCAGCCUCCUCUGUCUCCAACCUGUCCCAGAGACGAGAGUCCAGAGUCUCCGUCCUGCUCAACCACCUACUGCCCUCUUCUUCCUCCAACACUGGGCUAUCCCCAUGCCACUCUCCCCACACCACCCCUCAAAGUACCCCUUCGUCUUUUCGCCGUUCCUCUCAGAGCUCGACACAAACCCAUGGCACAGGCCACGGCCCUCAAGGCAUCCCUGAGGUAGUGGUUUCUCCUCCCGAGGAUGACGACCCACCCAACUCUGCAGAAGAAGAGGCAAUAUCACCACAGCUCAGCCGGAGAGAAUCCUUGGCAUCCCGCAACCUUGAGCUGCUGCCCUUAGAAGGACCACUGGUGUCUCCACACUCUCUCCCGAACGAUCUGUAUGGCAACAAGGCAGCGGAGAGGAGGCCAUCUAAAGUAGGGGUCAGUAGAGAAAGCAGCAGUGUCGACUUCAGCAAGGUGGACAUGAAUUUCAUGAAAAAGAUUCCUCCGGGUGCUGAGGCUUCCAAUGUGCUGGUGGGAGAAGUGGACUUCCUGGAGAAGCCCAUAAUUGCGUUUGUGCGACUAUCGCCUGCAGUCCUUAUCACAGGCCUUACUGAGGUCCCUGUGCCCACAAGGUUUCUUUUCCUGCUGUUGGGGCCUCAUGGUAAAGGACCACAGUACCAUGAAAUUGGCAGAUCUAUGGCAACACUAAUGACAGAUGAGAUUUUCCAUGAUGUGGCAUACAAGGCCAAAGACCGAACUGAUCUGCUCUCUGGGAUCGAUGAGUUCCUCGAUCAGGUGACUGUCCUGCCUCCUGGAGAAUGGGACCCUACCAUUCGGAUUGAACCCCCCAAGAAUGUCCCAUCACAGAUGAAGAGGAAGCGACCACCCCAGCCCAAUGGCACGGCGUCUCCAGCCGGAGAGCUGGAAAAAGACGAGGACCAUCAUGCAGGACCUGAGCUGCAGAGGACCGGAAGGAUUUUUGGAGGCCUGAUUCUGGAUAUCAAGCGGAAGGCACCCUUCUACUGGAGUGACAUUAGGGACUCACUGAGUCUGCAGUGUCUAGCUUCUAUCCUUUUCCUCUACUGUGCCUGCAUGUCCCCUGUCAUCACAUUCGGAGGUCUCCUUGGGGAGGCAACAAAAGGCAACAUAAGUGCCAUAGAGUCUCUAUUUGGGGCAUCACUCACAGGAGUGUCGUACUCCCUCUGCGCAGGCCAGCCUCUCACUAUUCUUGGCAGCACAGGGCCUGUUUUGGUGUUUGAGAAGAUUCUCUUUAAGUUCUGCAAUGACUACCGCCUGUCCUACCUGUCACUGCGGACUAGCAUUGGUCUUUGGACAGCCUUCUUUUGUCUUGUCCUCGUGGCCACAGAUGCUAGUUCGCUGGUCUGCUACAUUACUCGCUUCACAGAGGAGGCCUUUGCGGCUCUCAUCUGCAUCAUCUUCAUCUACGAGGCUCUGGAGAAGCUCUUCCACCUGGGAGAACACUACCCUGUUAACAUGCACAACAGCCUGGACAACCUUACCAUGUAUUCAUGUCAGUGCUCACCACCAGCCAACGUCUCAGAUAAGCUCAUACAGAAGUGGAACCAGACAGGAUUCACUCCAGACUCCAUCCCAUGGAGCAGCCUGAAUGUUUCGAUGUGUAAAUUGCUCCAUGGGGAGUUUGUGGGUCCUGCCUGUGGUCACCAUGGGCCCUAUAUCCCAGAUGUUCUCUUCUGGUCCGUUAUCCUCUUCUUCACCACCUUCUGUUUGUCUUCAUUCCUCAAGCAGUUUAAGACGGAAAGAUACUUCCCCACUAAGGUGCGUUCCACUAUCAGUGACUUUGCUGUGUUUAUAACCAUCAUGAUCAUGGUGCUGGUGGACUAUCUAAUGGGGAUCCCCUCUCCUAAACUGAAUGUUCCUGAUCGCUUUGAGCCGACUUCAAAGAACAGAGGCUGGCUCAUGGACCCUCUGGGAGACAAUCCUUGGUGGACGCUGCUGGUGGCGGCGCUUCCUGCCCUGCUCUGCACCAUCCUCAUCUUUAUGGACCAGCAGAUCACUGCAGUCAUCAUCAACCGCAAAGAGCACAAGCUGAAGAAAGGCUGUGGCUAUCACCUGGACUUGCUGGUAGUGGCAGUAAUGCUGGGCGUGUGUUCCGUCAUGGGCUUGCCGUGGUUUGUCGCUGCUACUGUCCUCUCCAUCUCCCAUGUUAACAGCCUGAAGGUGGAGUCUGGCUGCUCGGCACCAGGAGAGCAGCCCAAGUUUCUGGGCAUCAGGGAGCAGCGCGUCACUGGAUUUAUGAUCUUUGUCCUCAUGGGAUGUUCUGUUUUCAUGACAUCAGUGCUCAAGUUCAUUCCUAUGCCCGUCCUGUACGGAGUCUUUCUCUACAUGGGUGUCUCUUCCCUCAAAGGCAUUCAAUUCUUUGACAGAAUCAAACUGUUUGGCAUGCCUGCCAAGCACCAGCCGGAUCUGAUCUACCUGCGCUAUGUGCCGCUGUGGAAGGUCCAUAUCUUCACCCUUGUGCAGCUCACCUGUUUGGUACUGCUCUGGGUAAUCAAGGCCUCUGCAGCAGCUGUUGUAUUCCCCAUGAUGGUUCUUGCGCUGGUCUUUGUCCGAAAGCUGCUCGACUUUUUCUUUACCAAGAGGGAGCUGAGCUGGCUGGAUGACUUGAUGCCAGAAAGCAAAAAGAAGAAAGAGGACGAUAAGAAAAAGAAGGCUCGUGAAAAGCUGGAGGAAGAGUCCAGACUGCAGGAAGAAGAGGAGAUGGAUCUGAAGGUCAGCUUUGAAGGCUCAAACCGACUCAACGUCCCGGUGAAAACGCUCUCAGGGAGUCCUGAUUCUGACCCCUUGGUUGUAAAUAUCUCUGAUGAAAUGGCCAAAACCGCAGUGUGGAAAGCGGUGAACUCGAAUGCAGAGUCUUGUGUCCAACCUGUGAAGCGUAGUGGAAGCCAGGAGAAGGUGGCCUGCGUUAGAGUUGACGUCAGCCCAGACUCACCCGGAGGAGGCUCCACCGCCGAGACCUUCCUGUGAUAAAGGGAGGCCGUCCCUCCUUCCCGACUCCUUCCCCCUUCACAACACUCUACCCCGCUGGUGGGCCGAAUAAUCUUAGUGGCAAAAGGGGGACGCUGAACUGGAGCAGCGCAACCCGUCUGCAGAGCUCCCUCCCUUCUUUCAGGGCUUCAGACGAGCUCCCUCGAGGCCACGAGUCCACUCCAGGUCCUACAUAUGCAGCACGCGUACAAAAGGCUGCCAAGCUGUACCGUUGAGCAAACAUCUCCAAGAAAUGAAGGAAUUCUGCUGUUACUGCCCACCGACGCUCACUGUUUGGGAAUUCUCUCAUCUAGCAGUUUGUUUUCCGCUCGUUUUUUAAACCGCAGAUGCCAAAGGAAGGGGCUUCGCUGGUGGGAAUCUUUGCAUUUUCCUUUUAAACAGCUGUAUAUUUUAAUUUCAGCUUUACUUUUAUCAUUUUAUCUGGUCUCAGUACUGUAUAUUUUUUCGGUCCUUCAGCUCACACGCCGUGAGUCGUUUCCAUGUUUUUAAGGUUGAAUUCAGACCUUACACUAAAACUACACCAGCUUGAAAACUCAUUUGAUUGAAGCCAUUCAGGUACUGCCAGUGUCAGAUGAUUAUAUUUUCUAUUUGGUCUGGCACGUUAAACGACAAACCAAAACAGAGGUAGAUUCAGACAGACACACUAAUACUGCCGACAUCCUCGCUGGAUUCGCUCAUGAAUCAUCUCUCCUGUCUCCGGGGGAACACUCAGUAUUGAUAUUGCUGCUCAGAAAGUUCGUUUUCACUGUAGACUUCACUGUUCAUAGUGUAUGUGACCUUAUAGAAAUAUCAUUAUAUAUAUGUAUGUAUGUAUGUGCGUGCACUGUGUUCAUUUGUAAGAUUAUAGAGAACCUACUUCAGAGGCCAUAUGAAGUCUGUACUGUACAGUAAGCACUUUGCCAGUAUAGUUUCUUACCUAAAAAGGAUUCUAGUGUGUUAAUAAAGGUUGCUCCUCUUCCCACAGUAUUUAUAGAGGCGUUGUUUAAGUGUCGGUUAAACAACUCGGGAGUCUUGACUGAUUUCUGACUGUGGUCACUUGAUAUUUUUGUCACAAGGCAGCGAUAAUUAACUGUCCACUGUUUCCCUUUCAUCGCUGGCAUCACAACUAUUUUAAAUUCGUAAAAUAUGGAAAGGUGCAAAGUAUAUAUAUAUAGAUAUAAAAAGAAAUUUGUGACCCCAGCUGCACAUGUUUUUAUUGUGUGUGUGUGUGUGUGUGUGUGUGUGUGUGUGUGUGUGUGUGUGUGUGUGUGUGUGUGUGUGUGUGUGUGUGUGUGUGUGUGUGUGUGUGUGUGUGAAGAUAAUUUGUUUAGCGUUGCAAAUCAUUUUAUGCAAAAUAUUUCUACAGCAUAUGUAAAAAAAAAACCUAUUAUAUUCUAGGAAUUUGUUCUUAUUUUGCUAAGUGCAGUCCUGUUUUAGCAAUAAGUACGCCAUACUGUGUAAACGUAUGGAUUCCUGAACUUAGCUUCUAUUCAGGCAAAGAAUAAUUUGUGAAACGAUUUUUUUUGUGUUUGUUUCAUCUUCUCUGUCUGUGUGUAGCUACGGUGACUGUACUGACGAUAGCUUACGUGCCUUGUUGAAGCUCUUUAUGUGCGAGUCUUGUGCUGAUAAUUUCCGUGUUUCAAACCAGAUGUACAGCUACAUGUGAUGGCACACGAAUGCCAAAGACAGACCGUCGUUGUUUUACAGAAGGCGGACCAGUACGCCCUUAGAGGCUUCCGUCUGUCGUAGUGUUACCCCACGUCUGUGCGAAAGUCGUAGCCCGAGCCACCGACUGAACGAUGUAGUUCCAGUUUAUCUUCCAUUUACAGAUGUAACUCUAAACGCCGUUUCUCUCUGUGUGUGUUCUACUGUCACAGCUGUAGUAUUCGCUCACAACAUAAAAGCUCUGUAAUCGAUAUUGAGGUACUGUUUCUUCUUUUUGGAUGAUCAGUGUAUGUCAAAGUAUUGUGCCGUCAACAUCGAAAAUGAAGUGACAUCUGUAUUAUUAAUUUAUUAGUAAAAGAAAAAAAACGUGGUUGUUUUUUUUUACUACAUUUAUGGUCAAGUAAUGUUGACACUGAAAUGUGGAAUUAUCACAGUGAACCAAGCACUUCUAAUUUAAGAAUAUUAUUUGUCUAAAUUAUUAAAACCCUAUUUUCCCCUGAAUUUGAUUAACCAUAUCGGUAACAAAGAGGAAUUUUUAUCCUCAGUCACCACUUUGUAAAAGCGCAUUUGUUCUGCUGUAGAGGCAUCAGUGAAGCACAUAGCAUCCUGUUGUUGGCUUGAAAUGAUGACUUCUGUCAUGGCUGAUUGUUGCAAAGCAAUAAAGGUGAAUACAUGGUG